CAGUGGUAGCUCUCCGACGGGGAGGUUGCGUCGCUCGUCCGUGUCAGCGCCGCGCGAGCUCGCCGCGGUCCGCGCGACGUCGUCUUGUCAACUGGGACCCUCCGCCCUCCUGGAUACGCGUGUGUGUGCGAGUUGUUCGUGUCUGUGUGUGUACGCGCGCGUGUGUGUGUCUCUGUGAAGGAUGUAAUGUCCACCACACCAAAGUGAUUAACCCAUCUCGUCGUCCCACGGAGUACCCCCAAUACCUUGUUCUUCAGUGCAGUGUGAUUUUUAUUAUUUGUAAUUACAACAAAAAGUCAUUUGAUAAGUUUGUGCUGUGUUGUGGCGGUGCUCACGCUUCAAGAUGUGUGUGCACGGCAGCCCCGUGUGACGACGCUUUGUGCAAGCUGCGCCAGCGCGGCCGGGCCAUGGUGCUCGACAUGGCCGCGGGCUGGAGGGUGUGCGGCACGGCCAGCUCGGCGUGCAGCAGCAGCGGUGGCGGCGGGGCGCCACGAAGAGGCGUGCUGAGGUGCAGGCUGCCCCUGCCCUGCACCAGGGUCACCUCCUGCCUCACGCUAGUGUUACUAAUUUGUUUCGAGACUGUCCUCCUCUCGACAGUGAGCUGCACCAAGACCUUCACCGUCCAUUGGAAUACAACAAAUCCAAUAUUCCGGAUAGAUAAUACAGAUCAUAUAAUUGAUGUAAACAAAGGGAACAUCGCCUUUGAAUAUGAUCAAGUAAAUAUAAUCUGUCCCGUGUACGUGCCGGGCACCGAUGAGGAGAAUGCAGAAAAAUAUAUUAUUUAUAAUGUUUCUAAGGAGGAAUAUGAUACUUGUCGGAUUACCAACCCAAAUCCUAAAAUAAUUGCAGUGUGCAAUCAACCUCACAAAUUAAUGUAUUUUACUAUUACUUUCCGUUCAUUUACCCCUCAGCCUGGUGGCUUAGAAUUUCAACCAGGAGAGGAUUAUUAUUUUAUCUCCACAUCAUCAAAAGAUGACUUGCAUCGUCGGAUUGGAGGUCGGUGUACUACACACAAUAUGAAGGUGGUUUUCAAAGUCUGUUGUAGACCAGAUGAGAUGCACAAUCAAACUGUGGUCAACCGUGUGCCCACUACCUCUCUGAGUAGUCCUCCAACACCUCGACCUCUGCCCACGUUUGUACCAACCUAUUCACCCACACCACGGGUGGAGCUACCUACAGCGAGGCCUACAUCUUAUAAAGACAUAGACUUAACUAGCUACAAUGUUAAGUCAACAACAAAGAAAACAAAUGAGUAUGAAAAGCAUCCAAAUGAGGUAGUCAAGAAUGAAGAACUUACAUACAAUAGUGCAAUAAGGAGAUCAGGCGGCACGCACGCACACAGCUGGCUCCUACUGUUGAGUGUAUGUGCAGUGGCAGCAGCACACCGGUGGAACCUGCGAUGAGCAAGUGAAGCUGAGUCAAUGCGACUAGUGUCUUAAUCCAAGAGAAAAACUCAUUUAACUAGGAAGAUGCAAAGUGAUUUUUUUGCGUCUUUCCCAAAUCAAUGGUUGGAAAAAGACAAUUAAUUUUCCUUCUGUGUCCCUAAUGACACAUGGUAUGACCCAUGUGCCAUUUUUACCACUGUGAUGAAAGCAAGAAUGUGGAUGCCUUGUGUUUUUGUUAAACCUUGAGCAUUGUGUGUGUGUGUGUUUAGUGUCAAAUUAAUAGUGUGCAGACAUUUUGAAAGAUGCUGCACAUAUCACUCAAGACUACUUAUAACCGAGAUGGAUAUCUUACAAGCAAGAUAUUGAAUGCUUGAAGAUGGCUGCAACAAACAAGUUUAAUUGCUCAGCAAAUUCCCUGUUUUGCUAGCCCUUUCUAUUAAUAAUGAAGAAAGCACCAAAGUCUUGAAUGAAAUGUGAAUGUUAGUGUUUUUUCCAGUGAUACUACCACAUGACUUAUUUAUGAAUUAUUUAAAUUAAAAGAAUGUAAUUCUUGCUCAUUUCAAAGAAAUUUGGUGUAUUUACUUUAGAUUUGUUUCCUUCCGUGACACUCUUAGUAGCAUCUUGCCAUUAAAUUUUAUGUUAUGUCAUUGUCAUGUUAUUGUCGCUGUUGGUAUUGUAUCAUACCAUCGUUGUUUUGUUUAUUAUUAUCAUCAUCAUCAUUUUCAUCACCAUCACUGUCACCAAGUUUCAUUUUCAUUCUCAUAGUUUAUUUGCCAUCUUCAUCAUCUGUUGCAUAGUGUGUUGUCAUGUAUUUUGUAAUUUACAUCAAAGUCAUCAGUUUACCAUAUGUUCAAAUUGUACAUAAAAUUAUAAAUGUAAAAAUAUAUGUUUGUAUAAUUUC